CAAAGCUGCGAGUUUACACCUGCUGAAUUUAGUGCUCCUUCCUAGAGGCCCCACAUGUCCCACAUCUGCUCCAUGGCUUGGGGAUGUGGACUGAGGAGGACUUGGAACUCAGGGGACUAAUGGCAAAGGAGUGACCCAGCAUGGCAGCUAUGGUCCCACCAGUGAAGCUGAAAUGGCUUGAACAUCUCAACAGCUCUUGGAUCACCGAAGACAGUGAAUCUAUUGCCACAAGGGAGGGAGUGUCUGUCUUGUACGCUAAGUUAGUGAGCAAUAAAGAAGUAGUGCCAUUGCCCCAGCAGGUUCUGUGCCUCAAAGGACCUCAGUUACCAGAUUUUGAGCGGGAAUCUCUCUCUAGUGAUGAACAGGACCACUACCUGGAUGCCCUUCUUAGCAGCCAGCUGGCUCUGGCAAAGAUGGUGUGCUCAGACUCUCCGUUUGCCGGAGCGCUGCGGAAGCGUCUCCUGGUGCUGCAGCGCGUCUUCUAUGCACUUUCUAACAAAUACCACGACAAGGGGAAGGUGAAGCAGCAGCAGCACUCCCCAGAGAGCAGCUCUGGCUCCACAGACGUGCACUCGGUCAGCGAGCGGCCGCGGUCGAGCACAGACGCGCUCAUCGAGAUGGGGGUCCGGACUGGGCUCAGCCUGCUCUUCGCCCUGCUCAGGCAGAGCUGGAUGAUGCCGGCGGCGGGGCCCGGCCUCAGCCUCUGCAACGACGUCAUCCACACUGCCAUCGAGGUGGUCAGCUCCCUGCCACCCUUGUCUCUAGCCAAUGAAAGCAAGAUUCCACCCAUGGGUUUGGACUGCUUGUCACAAGUCACGACGUUUCUCAAAGGAGUCACAAUCCCGAACUCUGGGGCGGAUACGUUAGGUCGUAGAUUAGCUUCGGAGCUGCUGCUUGGUCUGGCUGCCCAGCGAGGUGCCUUGAGAUACCUUCUGGAGUGGAUAGAGAUGGCUUUGGGUGCCUCAGCUGUGGUGAACACCAUGGAGAAAAGCAAGCUGCUGCAAAGUCCAGAGGGGAUGAUCAGCUUUGAUUGCUUCAUGAGCAUAUUGACACAGAUGCGACGGUCUCUGGGCUCGUCUGCUGACCGGAGUCAAUGGAGGGAGCCAACCAGGACAUCCGAUGGCUUGUGCUCCCUGUAUGAGGCAGCUCUGUGUUUAUUUGAAGAGGUGUGUCGAAUGGCUUCAGACUAUUCCAGGACAUGUGCCAGCCCUGACAGCAUCCAGACUGGGGAUGCUCCCAUUGUGUCUGAGACCUGUGAGGUGUAUGUUUGGGGCAGUAACAGCAGUCAUCAGCUGGUGGAAGGCACUCAGGAGAAAAUACUUCAACCCAAGCUCGCUCCAAGUUUUUCUGAUGCACAGACAAUUGAAGCUGGACAAUACUGUACCUUUGUCAUUUCUACGGAUGGUUCUGUCAGAGCCUGUGGGAAAGGCAGUUAUGGGAGACUUGGACUGGGUGACUCCAAUAAUCAGUCCACACUGAAAAAACUGACUUUUGAGCCUCAUAGGUCUAUUAAAAAGGUGUCAUCUUCAAAAGGAUCCGAUGGCCACACUUUAGCAUUUACAACAGAAGGGGAAGUCUUCAGCUGGGGUGAUGGUGACUAUGGAAAACUGGGACAUGGAAAUAGUUCAACUCAGAAAUAUCCCAAACUUAUUCAGGGUCCCCUGCAAGGAAAGGUGGUUGUCUGUGUGUCAGCAGGAUACAGGCACAGUGCUGCUGUCACAGAGGAUGGAGAGCUCUAUACCUGGGGAGAGGGAGACUUUGGGAGACUGGGUCACGGUGACAGCAACAGCCGCAACAUUCCAACUCUGGUAAAAGAUAUCAGCAAUGUGGGAGAGGUCUCCUGUGGCAGUUCACACACCAUAGCUCUGUCCAAAGAUGGGAGAACAGUGUGGUCGUUUGGAGGAGGAGACAAUGGCAAACUUGGUCAUGGUGAUACAAACAGGGUAUAUAAACCUAAAGUUAUAGAAGCCUUGCAAGGAAUGUUUAUUCGAAAAGUUUGUGCUGGGAGCCAGUCUUCACUUGCCUUGACAUCAACGGGGCAGGUGUACGCGUGGGGCUGCGGGGCCUGCCUGGGCUGCGGCUCCUCCGAGGCCACUGCUCUCAGACCCAAACUCAUCGAGGAGCUGGCUGCCACAAGGAUAGUGGACAUUUCCAUUGGGGACAGUCACUGCUUGGCACUUUCUCAUGAUAAUGAAGUUUAUGCUUGGGGUAACAAUUCAAUGGGACAGUGUGGUCAGGGAAACUCCACUGGUCCCAUCACCAAACCGAAGAAAGUAAGUGGUUUAGAUGGAGUUGCAAUCCAACAAAUCUCAGCAGGAACAUCCCACAGCCUUGCCUGGACAGCUCUUCCAAGGGACAGGCAGGUUGUGGCGUGGCACAGACCCUACUGUGUAGACCUGGAAGAAAGUACCUUCUCGCAUCUUCGCUCUUUCCUCGAGCACUACUGUGACAAAAUCAACAGUGAAAUCCCCCCUCUUCCUUUUCCUUCCUCAAGGGAACACCACAAUUUUCUUAAAUUGUGUCUGAAGCUGCUUUCUAAUCACCUUGCACUUGCACUGGCUGGGGGUGUAGCCACCAGCAUUCUGGGCCGCCAGGCUGGGCCUCUCCGAAAUCUCUUGUUUAGACUGAUGGACUCUUCUGUCCCUGAUGAAAUUCAGGAAGUUGUAAUUGAGACUCUGUCAGUAGGAGCAACUAUGCUGCUUCCUCCACUGCGAGAGAGAAUGGAAUUGCUCCAUUCCCUUCUCCCCCAAGGUCCUGAUAGAUGGGAGAGCUUAUCAAAAGGACAGAGAAUGCAGUUGGACAUAAUUCUGACAAGCUUGCAGGAUCACACCCACGUGGCUUCCCUGCUUGGCUACAGCUCCCCCUCAGAUACCACCGAAACCUCCUCGCUGUGUAUCAGCUAUGGAAACCUCUCUGAUCAAACAUAUGCUGUGCAGAGCAGCCACCCAGACACUCACCUGGCUGAAAUCUUAAUGAAGACUCUGCUGAGAAAUCUGGGAUUUUAUACAGACCAAGCCUUUGGAGAACUGGAAAAAAACAGUGAUAAAUUUUUACUAGGUACAUCAUCAUCAGAAAACAGCCAACCUGCUCAUCUUCAUGAGCUUUUAUGUUCACUGCAGAAACAGCUGCUGGCUUAUUGCCACAUCAACAGUGUCAGUGAGAAUUCCAGCAGUGUGGCUCUGCUCCACAAACACCUCCAGCUUUUGUUGCCUCAUGCCACAGAUAUCUAUUCCCGUUCUGCAACACUGCUGAAGGAAAGCUCUUGGAAUGGUAGUGUUGGGGAAAAACUGAGAGAUGUGAUUUAUGUCUCAGCUGCUGGCAGUAUGCUCUCCCAGAUUGUCAACUCCUUGCUGCUGCUGCCAGUGUCGGUAGCCCGGCCCUUGCUGAGUUACCUGCUGGACCUGCUGCCACCUCUAGAUCGUCUCAACAGGCUGCUGCCUGCUGCAGCCCUUCUGGAGGAUCAAGAGUUACAGUGGCCUCUUCAUGGUGGCCCUGAGCUGAUCGACCCUGCUGGAGUGCCCCUGCCACAGCCUGCCCAGUCCUGGGUGUGGCUCGUUGACCUGGAGAGGACGGUGGCCUUGCUCAUUGGGAGGUGCCUUGGGGGGAUGCUCCAGGGCCCCCCCGUGUCCCCUGAGGAACAGGACACAGCCUACUGGCUCAAAACUCCACUCUUCAGUGAUGGGGUGGAAAUGGAUAUUCCUCAUUUAGACAAAUGCAUGAGCUCCUUGUUAGAAGUGGCCCUGUCUGGAAACGAGGAGCAGAAGCCCUUUGACUAUAAGCUGAGACCUGAGAUUACAGUCUAUGUUGAUUUGGCCUUGGGUUGUACAAAAGAGCCAGCCAGGAGCCUCUGGAUCAGUAUGCAAGACUAUGCUGUUAGUAAAGAUUGGGAUACUGCAACUUUAAGUAAUGAAUCACUCCUAGACACUGUGUCCAGAUUUGUUCUUGCAGCUCUUCUGAAGCACACGAGUUUGCUUAGUCAAGCUUGUGGUGAGAGCAGGUACCAGCCUGGCAAGGCCCUGGCAGAAGUUUACCGUUGCGUGUACAAGGUUCGGAGCCGUUUGCUUGCCUGCAAGAACAUGGAACUCAUUCAGACCAGAUCAUCCUCAAGAGACAGAUGGGAAUGCAGCCAGCACGGCGGCAGCCUUGGAAUCAUUUCAUUAAGCCAGGUCAGAUUUGAUGAUGGAAAUGUUCAUGGAAUUACUCCAGCCCGUGAAGUAGCUCGCAGUCGGGAUCGGGAUAGGAUGAGCACUGGGACAGGGACUAGACUUGAUGAUCCACCCCCUCAGUCUCAGCAGGAAAGGAGGAUCAGCACAGAUCUGACAGAAGGCCAGGAUGUGUACACUGCUGCCUGCAACUCGGUGAUCCACAGGUGUGCCCUGUUGAUCCUGGGGGUGAGCCCCGUCCUGGAGGAGCUGCAGAAGCGCCGGGAGGACGGGCACUCCCAGCAGCCGCCCCCGGCCACCCCCGAGGGCAUCGGGCUCAUGACCAGAAAGUCAGUAGUGUUACAUGCACAAAUAAGUAGGAAGAUGAUGAUUAUUUCACUGGACUUCCAAGGAAUCUGCUCCUGCCAUGCAGAGUUCAAAAUAUUUCAAUGUUUCCUAUCAGCCCGUGAAGUAGCUCGCAGUCGGGAUCGGGAUAGGAUGAGCACUGGGACAGGGACUAGACUUGAUGAUCCACCCCCUCAGUCUCAGCAGGAAAGGAGGAUCAGCACAGAUCUGACAGAAGGCCAGGAUGUGUACACUGCUGCCUGCAACUCGGUGAUCCACAGGUGUGCCCUGUUGAUCCUGGGGGUGAGCCCCGUCCUGGAGGAGCUGCAGAAGCGCCGGGAGGACGGGCACUCCCAGCAGCCGCCCCCGGCCACCCCCGAGGGCAUCGGGCUCAUGACCAGGAGUGAAAGUCUGACAGCAGAGAGUCGCUCAAUCCACACCAGCUCCAGCUACAGACUGAUUAAGUCAAGGAGUGAGUCUGAUUUGUCUCAGCCAGAAUCUGAUGAGGAAGGUUAUUCACUGAGUGGAAGACGAAAUGUUGAUUUGGAUUUGGCAGCAUCACACAGAAAGAGGGGAGCAAUUCACAGCCAGGUGGAAUCUCUGAGUGACUCCUGGGUCCGACUGAAGCACAGCAGGGACUGGUUGUACACGUCCUCCUACUCGUUCGUGGAGUCCGACUUCGAUCUCUCAAGAUCCCUCGGGGUUCAUACUUUGAUUGAAAAUGUUGUCAGCUUUGUGAGUGGAGACGUGGGGAACUCCCCAGGAUUUAAGGAGCCAGAGGAGAGCAUGUCCACCAGCCCACAGGCAUCAAUCAUUGCAAUGGAGCAGCAGCAGCUGAGGGCUGAGCUUCGUCUGGAAGCCCUUCAUCAGAUUUUGGUGCUUCUGUCAGGGAUGGAGGAAAAAGGCAGUGUGCCACUGAUGGGGAGCCGUCAAGUCCCAGGAUUUCAGUCUUCUUCAUUGCUUACUUCUGUUAGACUCCAGUUCCUUGCUGGCUGCUUUGGUUUGGGCACUGUGGGACAUGCAGGUGCCAAAGGAGAGAGUGUAAGGUUGCAUCACUACCAGGAUGGUAUCAGAGCAGCCAAGAGAAGUAUUCAAAUUGAAAUCCAGGUGGCUGUGCACAAAAUCUACCAGCAGUUAUCUGCUACUUUAGAAAGAGCCCUGCAAGCUAAUAAGCAUCACAUAGAGGCACAGCAGCGCCUUCUCUUGGUGACGGUCUUUGCUCUCAGCGUGCACUACCAGCCCGUUGACGUGUCCCUGGCCAUUUCCACUGGGCUGCUGAACGUGCUGUCCCAGCUGUGUGGCACAGACACCAUGCUGGGGCAGCCUCUGCAGCUGCUGCCCAAAACUGGCAUCUCUCAGCUCAGCACAGCUCUGAAAGUAGCCAGCACGAGGCUCCUGCAGAUCCUCGCCAUCACCACGGGAACCUAUGCUGAUAAACUGAGCCCAAAGGUGGUCCAGUCUUUGCUGGAUUUAUUAUGCAGCCAGCUGAAGAACUUGUUAUCUCAAGCUGGUGUGAUGCUUAUGGCUUCCUUUGGAGAAGGGGAAGGGGAGGAAGAUGAAGUGGAAUCAAAAAAGGCAGAUUCAAAUGGGGAUAAUGAGAAGAGAGACUUCAGAGCUGCCCUGCGAAAGCAACACGCAGCAGAACUGCACCUGGGAGACUUCCUUGUUUUCCUGCGUAGAGUCGUGUCUUCAAAAGCAAUUCAGUCCAAAAUGGCAUCUCCCAAGUGGACAGAAGUACUCCUGAACAUUGCUUCUCAGAAGUGUUGCUCAGGAGUUCCCUUGGUUGGCAACCUGAGGACCAGACUGCUGGCGCUUCACGUGCUGGAAGCUGUGUUACCUGCGUGUGAAUCUGGCGUUGAAGAUGAUCAGAUGGCUCAGGUUGUUGAGAGAUUGUUCUCACUUCUGUCUGACUGCAUGUGGGAGACUCCAAUAGCUCAGGCCAAACAUGCUAUCCAAAUCAAGGAGAAAGAGCAGGAAAUGAAGCUGCAGAAGCAAGGAGAGUCUGAAGAUGAGGAUGAGAAUCUUCCCAUACAAGAGGUGUCCUUUGAUCCUGAGAAAGCUCAGUGCUGCAUAGUGGAGAAUGGGCAGAUUCUGACUCAUGGAAGUGGAGGCAAAGGAUAUGGUUUAGCAUCCACUGGAGUCACUUCUGGGUGUUACCAGUGGAAGUUCUACAUUGUGAAGGAGAAUCGAGGCAAUGAGGGCACAUGUGUGGGGGUUUCCCGCUGGCCGGUCCAUGACUUCAACCAUCGCACCACCUCGGAUAUGUGGCUCUACAGAGCCUACAGUGGCAACCUCUACCACAAUGGAGAGCAGACUUUGACCCUGUCCAGCUUCACCCAAGGAGAUUUUAUCACGUGUGUGUUGGAUAUGGAAGCAAGAACCAUUUCCUUUGGGAAAAACGGAGAGGAGCCCAAACUAGCUUUUGAAGAUGUGGAUGCAGCUGAGUUAUACCCUUGUGUUAUGUUCUACAGCAGUAAUCCAGGAGAGAAGGUGAAAAUCUGCGACAUGCAGAUGCGAGGGACGCCCAGAGACCUGCUGCCUGGGGACCCCAUCUGCAGUCCCGUGGCUGCAGUGCUGGCAGAGGCCACCAUCCAGCUGAUCCGUAUCCUGCACCGCACAGACCGCUGGACACACUGCAUCAACAAAAAGAUGAUGGAAAGGCUGAACAAAAUCAAAACCUGCCUUAAAGAAGCAGGGCAAAAGCUCAAGAAAAGCCGCUCGGUUCAAAGCCGGGAAGAGAGCGAGGUGAGAGAGGAGAAGGAGAACAAGGAGGAGGAGAAAGGCAAGCACGGGCGGCACGGCCUGGCCGAGCUGUCGGAGCUGCAGCUGAAGAUGCUGUGUGCGGAGGUGUGGCCCGUGCUGGCCGUCAUCGGAGGGGUGGACGCCGGGCUCAGGGUCGGAGGGCGCUGCGUGCACAAGCAAACUGGCCGGCACGCCACCCUGCUGGGGGUGGUCAAGGAAGGCAGCACCUCUGCCAAGGUGCAGUGGGAUGAAGCAGAGAUCACCAUCAGCUUCCCAACUUUUUGGUCGCCUAGUGAUACCCCACUGUAUAAUCUGGAGCCCUGUGAACCACUGCCUUUUGAUGUUGCAAGAUUCCGUGGGCUGACAGCUACUGUGUUGCUGGACCUUACCUAUCUGACUGGCAUUCAUGAAGACAUGGGCAAGCAAAGCACCAAGAGACACGAGAAAAAACACAGACAUGAGUCUGAAGAUAAAGGGGAAGCAGACCAGAAGGCGGAGGGUGAUGCUGGAUCAGACACACGCUUAGGACCAAGCGCUGACGAGAGCAAAGGACAUGGUGCUACAAGCUCCAAGUCAGACAAUGAAAUUGUUUCCUUUUCUCUAGAACCUUCGACACUAGGUAUGGAAUCCCAGCACCAGCCUGGGGAAGGAAGAAAAAAGAAUCACGAACACAGUCCAAGAAGUCACGACAUAGUGCAGUCGGAAAUCAGGGCUGUGCAGCUGUCCUACCUUUACCUGGGGGCCAUGAAGUCCCUUAGUGUUCUCCUGAGCUGCAGUAAGUACGCUGAGCUGCUGCUGAUACCAAAAGUGCUGGCAGAAAACGGGCACAACUCGGACUGUGCCAGUUCCCCAGUGGUCCAUGAAGAUGUGGAGAUGAGGGCUGCCCUGCAGUUCCUCAUGAGGCACAUGGUCAAACGGGCAGUCAUGCGGUCGCCCAUCAAGAGAGCCCUGGGGCUGGCAGACCUGGAACGGGCACAAGCCAUGAUCUACAAGUUAGUGGUUCAUGGGCUGCUGGAGGACCAGUUUGGUGGCAGACUUAAACCAGAAGUGGAGCAACAAGUAGAAGAAGGUGAUCAGUCUCAGCAAGCCCAGACUCCAGUUACAACCAGCCCUUCUGCUUCCAGCACAACAUCUUUCAUGAGUAGCUCCCUGGAGGAUACAACCACUGCUACUACUCCAGUGACUGAUACAGAAACAGUUCCAGCUUCAGAAUCACCUGGGGUUAUGCCUCUCAGUCUUCUUAGGCAAAUGUUCUCCAGUUACCCGACUACAACUGUGCUUCCAGCACGACGUGCUCAGACUCCUCCAAUAUCUUCUUUGCCAACAUCUCCUUCAGAUGAGGUUGGAAGGAGACAAAGUCUGACUUCCCCUGAUUCCCAGUCUGCCAGGCCUGCCAAUCGUACAGCUUUGUCUGAUCCAAGCAGCCGACUCUCCACAUCCCCUCCUCCUCCUGCCAUCGCUGUGCCAUUGCUGGAAAUGGGGUUCUCCCUCAGGCAAAUUGCCAAAGCUAUGGAAGCUACAGGUGCCAGAGGAGAAGCAGAUGCCCAGAAUAUCACAGUCCUGGCCAUGUGGAUGAUAGAGCACCCUGGCAAUGAAGACGAUGAGGAGCCCCAGUCCGAAGGGACUGCGGAGUCCCGGCACGGGACAAUUGUCUCUGGCAGUGGUGGGAAGUCUGGUGACCAUUGUUAUUUGCAGUCUCCAGGUGAUAUCCCUUCUGCUGAUGCCACUGAAAUGGAGGAAGGCUUUAGUGAGAGCCCUGAUAAUAUGGAUCACAUGGAUAAUGCAGCUUCUGCCAGUGGCCCUCCCUCCAGAAGUCGCUCGGCCGUGACACGGAGGCACAAAUUCGACCUGGCUGCCCGGACACUGCUGGCACGGGCUGCGGGACUGUACCGCUCCGUGCAGGCCCACAGGAACCAGAGCCGCCGGGAGGGGAUAUCACUGCAGCAGGAUCCAGGGGCACUUUAUGACUUCAACUUGGAUGAGGAGCUGGAGAUUGACCUUGAUGAUGAAGCGAUGGAAGCCAUGUUUGGGCAAGACCUGGCUAGUGAUAAUGAUAUUCUGGGAAUGUGGAUCCCAGAGGUAUUGGACUGGCCUACCUGGCACGUUUGUGAGUCUGAAGACAGAGAAGAAGUGGUGGUUUGUGAGCUGUGUGAGUCCAGCGUGGUGAGCUUCAACCAGCACAUGAAGAGGAACCACCCUGGCUGCGGGCGCAGCGCCAACCGGCAGGGCUAUCGCAGCAACGGCUCCUACGUGGACGGCUGGUUCGGGGGCGAGUGUGGCAGUGGCAAUCCCUACUACUUGUUGUGUGGCAUCUGCAGGGAGAAGUACUUGGCCCUGAAGAGCAAAUCCAAAACGUCAACUUCCGAAAGGUACAAAGGCCAGGCUCCUGAUUUGAUAGGUAAACAAGACAGUGUCUAUGAAGAAGACUGGGAUAUGUUAGAUGUAGACGAAGAUGAAAAGCUGACAGGAGAAGAAGAGUUUGAGUUACUGGCUGGACCUCUUGGGUUAAAUGAUCGGCGCAUUGUCCCCGAACCUGUCCAGUUCCCUGACAGUGACCCCCUGGGGGCUUCAGUUGCAAUGGUCACAGCCACCAACAGCAUGGAAGAAACACUGAUGCAAAUAGGCUGCCACGGCUCAAUAGAGAAGAGUUCCUCUGGCAGGAUAACCUUGGGAGAACAGGCAGCUGCCCUGGCGAAUCCACACGACCGCGUCAUGGCUCUGAGGAGAGUCACAGCUGCUGCCCAAGUCCUCCUGGCAAGAACCAUGGUUAUGAGAGCACUCUCACUUUUGUCUGUCAGUGGUUCCAGUUGCAGCCUGGCAGCUGGGCUGGAAUCCCUGGGACUGACGGACAUCCGGACGCUGGUGCGGUUGAUGUGCCUGGCGGCGGCGGGGAGGGCAGGGCUCUCCACCAGCCCAUCCACGGUGUCCAGCUCAGCAGAGAGAUCCAGGGGCAUCCACAGCAAAACAAGCAAGCCCAUCUCUUGCCUUGCCUACCUGAGCACUGCAGUUGGGUGCUUGGCAUCAAACACUCCCAGUGCUGCAAAGCUGCUGGUGCAGCUGUGUACACAGAAUUUGAUUUCUGCAGCAACUGGUGUGAACUUGACAACAGUUGAUGAUCCAAUUCAGCGAAAAUUUUUGCCAAGUUUUUUAAGGGGAAUUGCAGAAGAAAACAAACUUGUCACAUCUCCAAAUUUUGUGGUUACUCAAGCACUUGUAGCAUUGUUGGCAGACAAAGGGGCCAAACUGAGGCCAAACUAUGAUAAAGCUGAAAUUGAAAAGAAAGGCCCUCUGGAGCUGGCGAACGCGCUGGCCGCGUGCUGCCUGUCCUCGCGCCUCUCCUCGCAGCACCGCCAGUGGGCCGCCCAGCAGCUCGUGCGCACGCUCGCCGCCCACGACAGGGACAACCAGAGCGUCCCCCAGACCCUCGCUGACAUGGGGGGGGACCUCAGGAAGUGCUCCUUCAUCAAGCUGGAGGCUCAUCAGAACAGGGUCAUGACGUGUGUUUGGUGCAAUAAAAAGGGACUUUUGGCCACCAGUGGGAACGAUGGCACCAUAAGAGUGUGGAAUGUGACAAAGAAGCAGUACUCACUGCAGCAAACCUGUGUGCUCAACAAGCUAGAAGGUGAUUCUGAAGAAAGUCUGGGGUCACCCAGUGACCUUAGUUUAUCUCUUGUCUGUUGGAGCAUCAGUGGCAAAUAUCUGGCUGGAGCUACAGAAAAGAUGGUGAACAUAUGGCAAGUCAAUGGAGGAAAAGGAUUAUUAGAUCUCCAGCCUCACUGGGUGUCUGCUCUAGCCUGGCCAGAAGAAGGGCCAGCUGCAGCAUGGACAGGGGAUGCUCCAGAAUUGCUGUUAAUUGGUCGUAUGGAUGGAUCUCUUGCUCUUAUUGAAGUUGUGGAUAUCUCAGCCAUGCACAGGCUGGAGCUGGAACACUGCUACAGAAAGGAUGUGUCUGUCACAUGCCUUGCCUGGUUCAGUGAGGACAGACCAUUUGCUGUUGGCUAUUCUGAUGGAAAGUUGCUCAUAGGAACGAAGGAACCAAUGGAGAAAGGAGGAGUCGUUCUAAUCGAUGCCCAUAAGGAUAUGGUUGUUAGCAUGAAAUGGGAUCCAACUGGAAAGAUUCUCCUGACAUGUGCCAAAGAAGAAACAGUGAAGCUCUGGGGGUACAUGGGGGGCUGUUGGAGGCGCCUGCACUCCCUGUCCCACCCCGCCCUGGUGAACGGCAUUGCCUGGUGUGCCCUGCCAGGGAAGGGGCCCAAGCCCCAGCUCCUGUUAGCCACGGGAUGCCACAAUGGCUUGGUGUGUGUCUGGACUGUUCCCCAGGACAUAGUGAUCACACUGCAGUCCAGCUCAACUUGUUCAGAAGGAUGGUGGGAGCAAGAAACAAGUGCCAAGGAUGGAUACAGGAAGGCAGUGGAAGUCAAGUGUGUGUUUCAGCUGAGGGGACACAUCACUCCUGUCAGGACUGUUGCAUUCAGCCCUGAUGGACUGGCCUUGGUGUCUGGGGGCCUCGGGGGCCUCAUGAACAUUUGGUCUUUACGGGAUGGCUCAGUGUUGCAGAGUGUUGUGAUAGGCUCUGGAGCAAUCCAGACUGCAGUGUGGAUACCUGAGGUUGGAGUAGCUGCCUGUUCUAACAGAUCAAAGGAUGUGUUGGUGGUGAACUGUACCUCCGAGUGGAUAUCUGCCAACCACGUCCUGGCCACGUGCAGGACUGCUCUGAAGCAGCAGGGAGUGCUGGGGCUGAACAUGGCUCCCUGCAUGAGAGCCUUCCUGGAGCGGCUGCCCAUCAUGCUGCAGGAGCAGUAUGCCUAUGAGAAGCCCCACGUUGUGUGUGGAGACCAGCUGGUGCACAGCCCCUACAUGCAGUGCUUGGCCUCGCUGGCCGUGGGCCUUCACCUGGACCAGCUGCUGUGCAACCCCCCCGUGCCUCCCCACCACCAGAGCUGCCUGCCCGACCCCUCGGCCUGGAACCCCACCGAGUGGGCCUGGCUCGAGUGUUUCUCUACCACCAUCAAAGCUGCAGAAGCCCUGGCCAAGGGAGCACAGUUCCCAGAAUCCUUCACUGUCCCAGACCUGGAACCUGUUCCAGAGGAUGAGCUCACUCUCCUGAUGGAUAACAGUAAAUGGAUCAAUGGCAUGGAUGAACAGAUCAUGUCUUGGGCAACAUCAAGGCCAGAGGAUUGGCACUUGGGAGGGAAGUGUGAUGUGUACCUGUGGGGAGCAGGCAGGCAUGGACAGCUGGCAGAGGCUGGGAGGAAUGUCAUGAUACCAGUGGCAGCACCUUCAUUCUCUCAGGCUCAGCAGGUGGUUUGUGGUCAGAAUUGUACCUUUGUCAUUCAAGCUAAUGGCACCGUUCUGGCUUGUGGUGAAGGGAGUUAUGGGCGACUGGGGCAAGGAAAUUCUGAUGAUCUUCACGUCUUAACAGUCAUUUCAGCACUGCAAGGCUUUGUUGUAACGCAGCUGGUGACCUCUUGUGGGUCUGAUGGGCAUUCCAUGGCUCUGACAGAAAGUGGGGAAGUCUUCAGCUGGGGAGAUGGAGACUAUGGCAAACUGGGCCACGGGAACAGCGACCGGCAGCGCAGGCCUCGGCAGAUCGAGGCCCUGCAGGGAGAAGAAGUGGUGCAGAUGUCAUGUGGCUUCAAACACUCAGCUGUGGUGACAGCAGAUGGCAAACUCUUUACCUUUGGAAAUGGUGAUUAUGGUCGAUUAGGACUUGGCAACACUUCCAAUAAGAAACUUCCAGAACGAGUGACGGCGCUGGAAGGUUACCAGAUUGGACAGGUGGCCUGUGGCCUCAAUCACACUGUAGCUGUGUCAACAGAUGGCUCAAUGGUCUGGGCUUUUGGAGAUGGAGAUUAUGGGAAACUUGGUCUGGGAAAUUCCACUGCAAAGUCCUCACCACAGAAAGUGGAUAUUCUUUGUGGAAUUGGAAUAAAAAAAGUUGCCUGUGGAACUCAGUUCUCUGUUGCACUGACAAAAGAUGGUCAUGUAUAUACUUUUGGACAAGAUCGCCUCAUCGGUCUGCCCGAGGGCCGUGCCCGCAACCACAACCGGCCCCAGCAGGUGCCGGUGCUGUCGGGGAUCUUCAUCGAGGACAUCGCCGUGGGGGCAGAGCACACCCUGGCCCUGUCCUCCACGGGGGAUGUCUAUGCCUGGGGCAGCAAUUCCGAGGGGCAGCUUGGCCUGGGCCACACCAACCACGUGCGGGAGCCCACCCUGGUCACGGUCCUGCAGGGGAAGAACGUCCGGCAGAUCUCGGCCGGGCGCUGCCACAGCGCGGCCUGGACGGCCCCCCCUGUGCCCCCACGAGCUCCGGGUGUUUCAGUGCCUUUGCAGCUCGGUUUACCUGAUGCCAUCCCACCACAGUACGGGGCACUGAAGGAAGUGAGCAUUCAUACAGUGAGGGCAAGGCUGAGACUGCUGUACCAUUUUUCUGACCUCAUGUACUCUUCGUGGAGAUUACUUAACCUCAGUCCCAAUAACCAGAACAGUACAUCUCAUUACAAUGCUGGAACGUGGGGAAUAGUGCAGGGCCAGCUGAGGCCCUUGCUGGCACCCCGGGUGUACACCCUGCCCAUGGUGCGCUCCAUAGGGAAAACCAUGGUGCAGGGCAAGAACUACGGGCCCCAGAUCACUGUGAAGAGGAUCUCAACCAGAGGUCGGAAGUGCAAGCCCAUCUUUGUCCAGAUAGCCAGGCAGGUGGUGAAGCUGAACGCCUCAGACCUUCGCCUGCCCUCCCGGGCCUGGAAGGUGAAACUGGUUGGAGAAGGAGCUGAUGAUGCAGGUGGAGUGUUUGAUGACACUAUUACAGAAAUGUGUCAGGAACUGGAAACUGGAAUCGUAGACCUGCUCAUUCCUUCCCCAAAUGCUACAGCUGAAGUAGGCUACAACAGGGAUAGGUUUCUCUUUAACCCUUCAGCAUGUUUAGAUGAACACCUGAUGCAGUUCAAGUUCCUGGGCAUUCUCAUGGGGGUGGCUAUUCGUACAAAAAAGCCAUUAGAUCUUCAUUUGGCUCCAAUGGUCUGGAAGCAACUUUGUUGUAUCCCACUCAUCUUGGAGGAUUUGGAGGAGGUAGAUCUGCUCUAUGUGCAGACCCUCAACAGCAUUCUUCACAUUGAAGACAGUGGGAUUACUGAAGAAAAUUUCCAUGAGAUGAUUCCUUUAGAUUCUUUUGUUGGCCAAAGUGCUGAUGGUAAAAUGGUUCCCAUAAUCCCUGGAGGGAACAGUAUCCCACUUACCUUUUCAAACAGGAAAGAGUAUGUGGAGAGGGCAAUUGAGUACAGACUCCAUGAGAUGGACCGUCAGGUGGCUGCUGUCAGGGAGGGAAUGUCCUGGAUUGUUCCCGUUCCUUUGCUGUCCCUUCUGACUGCCAAGCAGUUGGAGCAAAUGGUCUGUGGAAUGCCGGAAAUCUCCGUUGAAGUUCUGAAGAAAGUUGUGCGAUACAGGGAGGUGGAUGAGCAGCAUCAGCUGGUGCAGUGGUUCUGGCACACCCUGGAGGAGUUUUCCAAUGAGGAGAGAGUCCUUUUCAUGAGGUUUGUGUCAGGAAGAUCUCGACUGCCAGCCAACACAGCUGAUAUCUCUCAGCGAUUCCAAAUAAUGAAGGUUGAUAGGCCUUACGACAGCUUGCCUACCUCACAGACUUGUUUCUUUCAACUGCGGCUGCCGCCGUACUCCAGCCAGCUGGUGAUGGCCGAGCGCCUGCGCUAUGCAAUCAACAACUGCCGCUCCAUAGACAUGGACAAUUACAUGCUCUCCCGGAACGUGGACAAUGCCGAGGGCUCCGACACGGAUUACUGACACCCUGUGAACAAAAUCACCUUCCUUUUCCUACAGAUAGUGCCCCGAGUCCGAUUCAUCGUUGACAUAAUUUUACGGUAACCAUAGAUGUUUUAGGAGCAUUAAAAAAAAAAAACAAACCAGAUGUUAAUAGGUGGUGGCCACAUUUUAGUUACUCUAAAUGUAACCAAAAAAAAAUUAGAUGUUUUUAUUUUUUUGUGAUUGUACAAAAGCAAAAAGGAAAAACAAAACAAAAAAGUCCGAUGGGUAAGUUUUUUCUCCUUUUUUGGUCACUUUUGAUAAGUUUGCAUGGAGACAUUUUGGUGCAUUUUUGUUGGGAAUAGUACAUUUGUAAGCCCUCCCAGUGAACAUGAAGAGUUGUACAUUGUGUAUAAUUGUUCAUUAGCCAGGACUGUUUUACAUGAAUAUUCACAUAUUUAUUUUGUUUUAAUUUGAAUUGCCUGUGCAGGGUUCCUUAUGCAGAGAAAAAUAAAGCAAAUUCAAGGA